AUGGCAGCAAAAUCUAGGGUUCUUCAUAAUGGUUUUGAGAAAGUCACGAAUGGAGAAGACAAUGAAAACGGUCGUGACAAGGCUGGUGAUGGUCGUGAUGAGGCUGGUGAUGACAAUAGAGAUGUUGAAGUUGGGAAUUCGGCAAGCCAAAGCAAGGCAAAACGAAAGAGACACGAGACUGAAGAUGAAGAAGACAAAAGGGAGAGUAAGGCGACUCGGAAUAAAGAUGAAGAAGACGACAUAGUUGAAAGGUUUGAGUUUGAGAUAGAGGAUUCUGUAGCAAACUGGUUUGAUGAUUUCCGGAUUAAUCGAAAUACUGUCCCAGAGAGUUCAGAUGAAGAGGAAGAUCCGAUAGUUAUUAGAGAUAGGAAAAUUAUGAUUGGAACAAAUGAUAAGUUAGCUAUUGGAAGAACAUUCUUUACUGGGUUUGAGUUCAAAGAGGCUGUGUUACAUCAUGCUUUGAAGUCGAGGGAAAACAUUAAGCAAAACAGAUGGGGGAAGGAAAAAAUGAGCUUCGUAUGUGGUCAAGAUAAAAAUUGUGAUUGGAGAGUAUACGCCGCAUUCGAAAAGACUCGGCAAUUGUGGGUUGUGAGGACUAAUUGUAGUUAUCAUAGAUGUAAAUCGAAUGGGAAAUGCAAGUUGUUGAAAAGUCCUGUCAUUGGAAGGUUAUUCUUAGAUAAACUGAGGUUGCAGCCUAACUAUAUGCCUCUUGAUAUUCAAAGGCAUAUUAAGGAGCAGUGGAACAUACUUAUUUCUAUAGGAAUAGUUCAAAGAGGAAGACUUCUAGCUCUGAAGUGGCUUCAACAGGAAUAUGCUCAACAUUUUGCUCACCUUAGAGGUUAUGCGACUGAACUCAUAGAUUCAAAUGCGGGAUCCACUGCUGUUGUUGAUACCUACCUUAAUGCCGAUGGUGAAGAUGUUUUCAACCGUAUUUAUGUGUGUCUUGGAGCAAUGAAACAAGCAUUCUACUAUUGUCGGCCUAUCAUAGGGAUUGAUGGGACUUUUCUGAAACACGCCGUCAAAGGCUGCCUACUGCCUGCUAUUGCUCAUGAUGCAAACAAUCAGAUAUAUCCAAUUGCAUGGGCAGCUGUACAGACUGAAAAUGCUGAUAAUUGGUUGUGGUUUCUAAAACUACUAAAGGCUGAUUUAAAUCUAAAGGAUGGGCAAAAUUAUGUCAUCAUAUCAGACCGUUCUAAAGGAAUCAUAAGUUCAGUGAAAAAUGAGCUGCCAAAUAUUGAGCACAGAAUGUGUGUCAAGCACAUUGUGGAUAACUUGAAGACUAGGCAUGGUGAUAAAGAUUUGCUAAAAAAAUUGGUUUGGAAUCUAGCUUGGAGUUACAACCAUGCUGAAUUUGAAGCCAAUCUGAACAAGAUUAGAGCUUAUGAUCGGUCUCUUUAUGAUGAUGUGAUGAAGGAGAAUCCAAGGAGUUGGUCAAGAGCUUAUUAUAGGAUAGGAAGUAGUUGUGAAGAUGUCGACAACAAUGCAACAGAGUCCUUUAACGCUACAAUUGUCAAGGCGAGGGCAAAUGCAUUAGUUCCAAUGUUGGAAACUAUAAGAAGGCAGGUCAUGGGAAGGAUUACUAAGAGAAAUUUGAAAAUAGAAAAAUGGAAAAAGAAGCUCUCUGAGUAUGCAACUGAGAUUUUGGAGGAGGAGAAAGAAGAUGCUAUGCGAUGUGAAAUUACAAAAGGAACACAUGGGCGGUUUGACGUUUAUUUAGAUGGGAACUCACAUUCUGUUAACUUGUCAACAGGUAAAUGGGAAUGCUCAUGCUGCAAGUGGCAAAUCACAGGGAUUCCAUGUGAACAUGCUUAUGCAGCUGUUUUAGAUGUUAACAAGGAUAUUGAUGAUUUCGUAUCCCCAUACUUUACAACUCUAGUAUGGAAGGAAGUGUAUGAUAAAGGUCCUGAUCCGAAUUCCUAUGUUAUCUGCAACGUAUGUGGCAAGGGCGGUAAAGAAGUAGUAAACAUUUCAAAUGGUGAUAGCUCGAGUGAGCCAAGUCCUCCCUCUUUGGUCUCUGAUUCCUAUACUAUCAGACUGACUAGCAUAAUUCCACCUGUGUUUCAGGUUGAGAAGCCAGGUCAAGGAAGGUUGUACGGUUUGUCUGAGAAUGAUUCAGACAACAGUCCUAAUGUGCAGCUACAAGCUCCGUUCUAG